AUGGCCUGUGAUGGGUUUGUGGCUAUUUGUCACCCCCUGCACCAUGCGGCCAUCAUGAGCCCCUGCCUCUGUAGCCUGCUGGUCCUGCUGUCUCUUUCAAUCAGCCUUUUGGUCUCCCAGCUGCACUGCCUGAUGGUGUCACAGCUUACCUUCUGCAUGAUUGUGGAAAUUCCUCGAUUCUUCUGUGACCCUCCACAUCUCCUCAAGCAGGGCUGUGAUGACAUCUCCACUGAUAACAUAUUCAUCCAUUUUAUUGAUGCCGUCUUUGGGGGUGUUCCAAUCUCGGGGAUCCUUGACUCUUACUACAAAAUUGUUUCCUCCAUUCUGAAAGUCCCAUCAACUCGUGGAAUGCCUAAAGCCUUGCCCACCUGUGGCUCUCACCUGUCAGUGGUUUGCUUGUUUUAUGGCACAGACCUUGGGCUGUACCUCAGCUCAAGUGUCUCACAUGCUCCCAGGAAGGGUGCAGGGGCCUCAGUGGUGUACACUAUGGUCGCCCCCAUGCUGAGCUCCUUCAUCUACAGCCUGGGGAACAGGGACAUCAAGAGGGCUGUGCAGAAGCUCCCCAACAGAAUAUACUCAUUUUAG